AUGAUUAUUCCAAUUUAUUUACAAAGAUAUAUAAUUAAUUUAUUUUUUCAAAUUAAUAAAAAAGUGAUAAAGAAUUAUAGUAAAUCAAUUUCUCUUGUAUGUUGGGAAUGGUUUAAUGUAUUUUCAAAUAAUUUUAAUACAGUAAUUGAUAAUCCAUUUGAUAAUUGUUUAUAUAGAUAUUCAAAUUCAAAGUAUUCAUUAAUAAAAAGUGAUAAUGUUGAAAUUAUGAAAUUAAAAGGUCACCAUAUUGGUUUUGAUGUACUUUAUUUAGUUUGUAAAAAAACAAGAAAUACUAAACUAUUCAUGGAGAAUGAUAUAAUGUUAUUAAUGGAUAAAUGUAAACAAUUUAAAAAUCUUUUAAAAAUAACAACUUUUCAAUACUCUAGAACAUAUAAUAGAUUACAACCAAACUAUUUGAAAAUGUUGUAUUGUAAACAUUUCAAUUUAGAUGCUAAGAAUCCCAGAGACCAAUUUCCAAAUAUUAAAGAUUUCAAAAAAUUAGUAUUAUCAAAUUUUCAAGGUAAUACAAUACCACAAUUAAUAACUGAUUAUAAUAUUCAAAAUAAUUUUAUUGUAAAGAAAUUUAAAUUACUUCAUAGUUCAAAUUCAUUUCCUUUUAAACAACUCAUUGAAUCAAAUAAUAGAUUAUUAUCUUCAAAUAUUAUUGAAAUGUUUUUAGAUACCACAACAAUUGAAAAUGUUUAUUAUAUAUUAUCUUCAUGUCCAAAUAUAGUAAAUUUUAAAUUUAAUUUAUGUUUUAUUGAUUUAUAUUACACUUUAAAUAAAUCUUCAAAAAAAAAUGGUUUUAUAAAUUCAAAUAAUAAUACAAAUAAAAAUAAUAAUAAUAAUAAUAAUAAUAAUAAUAAUAAUAAUAAUAAUAAUAAUAAUAAUAAUAAUAAUAAUAAUAAUAAUAAUAAUAAUAAUAAUAAUAAUAAUGAAAAUAAAAGUAACAUUAAAUAUGAAAAAUGUAUUUGUAAAAAUAGUAGAAAAGAUAAAAACUUUUUUAAUUAUUUAGAAUUUAUUUCAAGAACUUUAUCUACUCAUAAAUAUUUAAAAAAGUUACAAAUUAAUCAUUGGUGUAGAGAGUCUCGAAAUCAAUAUGAAGAAAUUCCACCAAUUAGUUUUAAUGAUAUUUUAUUGUCAUCAAUAUUAAAAAAUAAAUCAAUCAAAUAUAAAAGUAAUAAUAAAAAUAUUAAUAAUAGUUUUUAA